CGUGUAUCCGAACGCGUAACUGUCAAACCACACGUGCUUUUAAGCCGUGUCAAAGUCACUAGUAAUCAAAUAAAAUAAAAUCGAAGAAGCGUGUUAUUAUUUUAAUGUUACAAAGUUAACUAAAACUAUAACAAAAAAAAUAUGCUCCGACGGCAGGCGCGUUUGCGCCGUGAAUAUCUGUAUAGGAAAUCAGUGGAGGACAAACAGAAGAGUAUCCAAGCAAAGAAAGAUCAAUUGAAACGUAGCUUAGAAGAAAACAUUCCGAUACACGGGGAUCUAAGAAAAGAGGCGCUCGCUUUACAGAAGAGAAUAGAAUACGAAGAUAAAGGUCCGGAGAGAGUUGCGGUGAUCGGUGGUUUCAGUGGUGGCGCUAACACCUUGAAUUCACAGGAUGAUGAAUACAGAUAUGCUGGUGUCGAGGAUCCUAAGAUCAUGAUAACCACCUCCAGAGAACCGAGCGCCAGGCUGAAGAUGUUUGUCAAGGAAUUAAGACUAAUCUUCCCGAACAGCCAGCGAAUGAAUCGCGGUGGUUAUGAAAUGUCUCAGCUGAUCCACGCCUGCCGAGCUAAUGACGUAACGGACUUCAUCGUAGUACAUGAACACAGAGGCAUACCUGACAGCCUGGUAAUCUGUCACCUGCCCUAUGGACCGACAGCAUCAUUUACCCUGUCAGGAGUUGUCAUGCGACAUGACAUACCAGAUAUUGGUCCGAUGUCCGAACAAUUCCCUCAUCUGAUAUUUCACAACUUCAAGACCGAUCUUGGCUUAAGGACGAUGAGCAUCUUAAAAUAUUUGUUCCCUGUACCAAAACCGGAUUCAAAAAGGGUUAUAACCUUCGCAAAUAAUGAUGAUUACAUCUGCUUCAGACAACACACAUACAAAAAGUCUGGCAAAGAAAUUGAACUGUCAGAAAUCGGACCACGUUUCCAAAUGAAGUUGUACGAAAUAAAAUUGGGUACUCUGGAAGCUUUGGACGCAGCAGACACGGAAUGGGCAUUGAGACCUUACAUGAACACAUCCAGCAAGAGACGGUUCCUGAGUAACGAUGACGGCUGGACAGAGGAGUGACAUAUCAUACAUAAUUAUAUAUUAACAAACAAACAAA